CAGUCCUGAGACUGUUGCAGAAGGAGCUGAGGAGCUGAGCAGACCUGACUCCUGAAUGCUCUGCUCAGAGACCUGCGCGGGACACGUGGUGUUCUGGAGAGUGCUGCCAGUGGUAAUGGUGACCAGGCUGUGAUCCGGCGCAGCUGUGAGCUGUGAUCCCAAAUGGUGUUGUCAAAACUGACAAGUAAAUGAUGCACUGGCUAUUUCUCUCCCAUGCAUGUGCUUAAAUAGGUCAUAUACCCUUCUUGAGAAAAACACAUCUCCAUCAGCCUGGUUAUGCCUCUGCCUGACAGUGACCACAGACUUCUCUAGAACCUGCAGGUCCUUUCUCUAGAAAUUUCUCAAGACCUUCUUUAGCUGGGUUCCUAAAACGGAUGCUGUUGUCUAAAAUUAGGGGUAACUACAAACUGAUCAUUUAACUUGAUCAAGACUAUUUCAGAGGAUUGAAGUUACUGGUCUGUAACUUCUUAAGUCUUCUCCCACCUUUUUUUUUCUUUUUGUAAAGAGAUUGGCCAGCCUGGCUGAGACCACUUAGCGAUGACAAAACAAAAGCUUCUGCUUGAUGGGACGCUCUCCUUGUUUCUAAUCGCGGCCUGUGAAGCGCAGCAGCUCCCGAAGAGUCAUGUUGCUGCUAGUUCUGGUCCUCUGUGCGAGAAGGAGGCAGAGUCCUGGGGAAACCUUUUCAGCAGCGAGCGGCUGGAUGCCUGGAUUUGUUCCCUCAUCGGUUCGUUCAUGGUGGGGCUGAGUGGGGUCUUCCCCUUGCUGGUGAUCCCAUUUGAGACGGGAGCCGCUCUGCGGUCAGAAGCUGGAUCACACCGUUUGAAGCAGUUGUUGAGUUUUGCAAUUGGAGGACUACUGGGGAAUGUGUUUCUGCACCUGCUUCCUGAAGCGUGGGCCUACACAUGCAGUGCAACGACAGGAGAAGGGCAGAGCUUCCAGCAGCAGAAACUUCUGGGUCUCUGGGUGAUCAUUGGUUUCCUGACCUUCCUCAUUCUAGAGAAGAUCUUCCUAGAGAAAGAAGAGAAGGAGUGCCCCAGUGUGGGCUGUGAUUCCAAAGCACCAGCAGGAAAGAUUCACAAUGGAAGUGGCUACCCCCUGCUGAAGGUGGCAGGCCAAUCCCAAAGAGCAGGAAAGGGUUCAACUCAGUGUAAUGGCUCUUCUCUCCAGUCUUGUCCAACAGACAACAGAAUCAAGAUUAGUGGAUACCUCAAUCUGCUGGCCAACACCAUUGAUAACUUUACACACGGCUUGGCAGUAGCAGCCAGCUUCCUGGUCAGCAGAAAGGUUGGGUUCCUAACCACAAUGGCCAUUCUCCUGCAUGAAAUCCCACAUGAGGUUGGAGACUUUGCAAUCCUACUUCGGGCUGGGUUUGACCGCUGGAGUGCAGCCAAGAUGCAGCUUUCUACAGCUCUGGGGGGGAUUCUAGGAGCCUGCUUUGCAAUAUGUGCUCAGUCACCAAAAGGAGCAGGGGAAACGGUAGCCUGGAUCCUCCCUUUCACUUCUGGAGGAUUUCUGUAUAUUGCCUUGGUAAAUGUUGUGCCUGAUCUCCUGGAGGAAAAGAAUCCUUGGAACUCCCUGCAGCAAAUUCUUCUCCUGUGUACAGGCAUUACAGUCAUGGUGCUACUCUCGCUCACAACUGAGUGACCUCUGCGCAGACCUCAUGAUGCCUCCCAGGGCCACCCACCACAGUGACUCUGAGCUGUUACAAAGCAAUAAGGAACACUAAUAUUACUUCCUCUGUGUGUGUGUGCGGAUCUGGCUGCUAGUAUGAGAAGCAGGUGAGAAAGAGGUCUGUGUGUGCAAGACUUCAUUCCCUGGCUCUCCUAUCUCUGUUCUGCUAAAAUCCACACAUCGGGGCUUCCGGGUUUUUUGUUUGUUUGUUUAUGGAGCAAAAGAUACAGUGAGCAGAAAUGAACUGAACGAGUGCUCCACAGCAAAUGGACAAUGUUUCAUUUGAUUGAUUCUGAUGGAACUGCACCUCCCAAGCUCUCGCAUGAAAACAACAGAGGCGAUUCCUGUAACUGAUGAAGAGGAAGCAUUUUUCCUACCACUCUUAACAGCUGGAGGCAGAAGAAGAAUGGCAAAGCAACAAUAAGCUAACAGCUUUAGCCAGAGCUCCCUACCCAUGAGAAGUUACGGUGCUAUGAGAUAGAGGGGAAAAGACCCUUUCCAACUUGAUCUCCGGCUUUUCAUUGACAUCACUUGUUCCUAAAGGUAGUAUUAGCCUCAGCAGUCCACGUCUUUGGUCUAUUUUGUAUUUGUUCGUGCUGAAAUCGAGCCAAAAGCUUGAGGCACUUUAGGAUAGGUCACUACAAUUAAAUAGCUCAGCUUGGAGAUUACUUGCCUCAGCCCUAACCACUCCAAUAGCCAGCACAGCCUGUUUAUCUGAAAAAUGGUCAGUAAAUGUUUCUUCUGUUGCCAUACUACCAGCUCACCUACAUCUGGAAGGAAGGCCAUGUAGCUGUUGCAGCUGAGCUCCCUCUCCUCCUAACGAUUAGCUGAACAUGGCUCUGAGCCUGCUUUCAAGACUCAAAUCACCCAUCCUCUGCCCCGCACCAUGCUUCAGAGCUCUCUCGAGGUGUAGCAUGUUAGCCCUGCCUGGCAUGCUACAGCAGCCCUAGACUGUCAUGGCAGAGGUCUGGGCAUUUUGGGCAAUAGUUGAACACUACAGCCUGGUCAGGAACCGAUAACCCCUGGAUAGCUUUUCCUCUGUUCAGUGUAGACUAUUUAAGAGCAUGCUAUAACCAAAAAUGUAGAUGGCAGCCUAUUUUUGGGGUUCUUACCUCACAGUGGAGUUAGUCUGUUGGGGAUGAAUGGAUAAGAAAUAAUACUGACAGCCCUUAAAGGAAGGGGCACAGCAGCGAAGAAUACUGGAGGGAGGGUGAAAUGGGAAGAGUGAAACGUCUGGUGAAAAGAUUUUAAAAAACAGGUCUAGAAAAGCUAUGUGCUAAGUAAGGAGAGAAAGGGAUAUGAAAGGGUGACAAUAAGUAUGCUUUAAGAGGAGUUGUGUGACUCCUGGGAUAAAAUUUUUGGUAAUUUGAGCCCCAUGAAAGUAAAUUACAUUUCUAGUGCUUUCCUGCAUCCCAGCUCCCGGGCCGGACCAGGCCGUUGUUCCACAGGGAUGUUUUCUUACUGCAGAGAUGUGCACAAUUACUAGAUCAUCCCUUCUGCAGAGCUUAUCCUCACCUAGCUUAAAUCUGUUUCAAAACAGAGCUAAUUGAACUAGCAGAGUCAUUGGACAUAAAACAGGUGCCACAAUGCGUAUUGCACCAACUCAGCUCUGUUUUUAAACAGCUUUUGUAAAUCAGUACAGCUCUCCAGUCUGCACAGGGCCUUAUCAAGAGGCCUUGUCCCUUGAGAGGGCGAUUUGGGUCAGAGCAACGAGGCAGGUAUGCUGCCCACAGCAGAGGCUUUUACUUCCCUAAGAGAUUCCUGAACUGUUGACACAGUUCUUUUUUUAUGACAGCUCCUGUCCUACUUUUCAGAGCGCGCUGGAGAGCUCACGCUUGCAGUUCUCUCUGCCCAGGAACUGCUGUUUAAAAUCUUCUCAGCUUUCCUUACCCCAGGCUUACAUCGGUAACUAGUUUCACUGCAACAACAAGGGAGGCUUAGUGCAAUGUUUUUAUUCCUCUUUACAAAGUUGCCUUCCUUUGCCAAUGUACUCCCUCGAUCAUUCAUUUGUCAGGAAGUCUGAAGGUAGCGUCCGCUUCCUGCUUUCCUGGAAGGAGGAUUAAUCUGACUAGCCUGCAGGGACUGAAAGAGUAUGCUAACCCUCUAGUUCUAGCUUUGGGGUGUUUUCUCCUCCCCCCUGCUCUCCCUUCCCCAAGGACUGAAGCGAAGCACAGCCUGUAGUAGGGCUCUGGAGGAAGCAGGUUUCCACAGAAAGAUGUGCCUGCUGCUUCCCAAGAUGGCUUUCUCAAAAUGAGGUUGGCAUUUAAGUUGAGGCAUUGCCAGGUGAGUGCCUGUGAGUUGGCGUUGUUGCAUCAGCACGGAGCCUUGCCAAGACUGAAAACCGCAGUCAGGAUUUUGUGCUCGGCGUUCAGGAAUGUGAAGUGGAUGACGCUGAAGAAAGAAUUCCUGAGUUGUUUUUCUUGGCUGCUACCACAGGCCUGGACAGUCUGUGGUUCUUGGGAAGAUACCCUGGUAGGAGGUAGCACGGGGCUUGCGGGCGGGAGGGAGGAAGGAGCUCGUUAGUUUUCCACUACGUCAGCCCUGUGGCUGAGGAUGGAGAGCCUUGGGAGGAAAUGGAGCACCACUCCACCACAUUUGUCACUUUUGGAAAUGCAGAGAGAAUCGUAUUUUCUAGCUCUAUUUUUUCAGCUGCUCUUAUGCAUUUUCCCCCUUCAUCUGUAUUGGUCUGCUCUGCAUGGAGACAAUAGAGAUGAAAUAAAUGGUUUUCCAUGUGGGUUUGUGGCUUUUUUGUUGAAGCUACUACUUCUCUUUGAAUUACAAAUUCAGUUCAAAUUUCAUUUGAGUUGCAGAGCAGUAUCCCUGGGUUAUUCUAGAGAAGUCUGGGCUCUGUCUUGUUCCUCCUUUCUACUCCUUAGACUUUCACAAUUGAAAGAAAAGAUUCUACACCAGUUCCCUCUUCCUGCUGCAGUGUGGGCCAGGAACGCUGUGGUCUGAUCAUAAUUCUUGGCUGCUGGUCUGGGUUCCCGGGAAAGCAUCACCAAAUGAGUUGCUCCUCUUUGAGGGAAGAGCUUGCAUGGUAACUGACUAUCCAGAGAGUUUUGCAACCAUACUUUGUUGCGAUCAGUUAUUUUUUAAUCUAAAAAACUCCAGGCCUGUCUGGGAUCAGAUAAGAUGAAGCUGGUUACCUGCCAUUUGGGACAAAGGCACGCUCAUCAAACGUCGUAUGUAAGAAUUGCCCAGAAAGGACUAGAAGGAUUUUCUCUACCCUUCAAAAACACAGGUUCAGAGCAUGUUUAUCCCCCUCUUCAUUUGAAAGAUUUUCAACCUAUAAAUACUGAGUGGUGGUAGCACAUUGCUCUUGGUUCUUACGGGUCUUCUUUAAGAAGAAGGGAAAACCAUAACCCUGGAAGAAGAUGAAGGCAGGUAGGUCAUCAAGGGCAUGAUUUCAUGGUCUGGGGACUUUGUCAGCAAUCUACAUUUUGGAAUCUCUGUCUCUGGCUUUGGAAUGCUGCGUUCUUUGGCUGUGCUGGUACCUCUGCCUCUGGGGCUGUGCUGUGAGCCUCCCUCCCCCAUCCCUUUCCGCCUAAUCAAAAAUAACAUGGAUUAAUCAAUUGCCUGGUUCACAGGCUCCACAAAGAGUGGCUCUGACACAAUUGCAGUAGCCCAGAGGGGAGAACAAUUGGAAGGAGCCUCAUACACGGGAACUUUCUAAGGUGAUGGUCUUGCUGAAGCCCCUGUCUUCUGAAACUAUAGCCUGAGGAACUGACAUAGAGCGUAGGAUGACAUAAUAAGAUUGCGGAUUUGGGAAACAUGAAUAUUUGGAGCUUUCCAGGAAAGCGCUGUUACAAUUGAAGAAUUUUUCCAUGAGCAGUCCUUGUAUUUAAUUUUUCUU